GUCUUCCCCGGAGUGCGCGGCGGACCCUCCCGCGCCCAAUCGCGCUCUGCCUGGGUCUCUGCCUAGCUGCGGUCGCGGCCACCACGCCGCGCGCUUUUGCCUCUGCCUUCACCUCCGGGUUUGUCGCUGAAGAUACCACAGAGAUGUCUGCCUUCAACCUGCUGCACUUGGUGACGAAGAGCCAGCCCGUGUCCCCGAGAGCCUGCGGGCUCCCCUCAGGGUCGUGUAGGGAUAAAAAGAACUGUAAGGUGGUCUUCACCCAGCAGGAACUGAGGAAGCGCCUGACACCCCUACAGUACCAUGUCACUCAGGAGAAAGGAACAGAAAGUGCCUUUGAAGGAAAAUACACACAUCACAAAGAUCCUGGAAUAUAUAAAUGUGUUGUCUGUGGAACUCCGCUGUUCAAGUCAGAAACCAAAUUUGACUCUGGUUCAGGUUGGCCUUCCUUCCAUGAUGUGAUCAGUUCUGAGGCCGUCGAGUUCACGGAUGAUUUCUCCUAUGGGAUGCACAGGGUGGAAACAAGCUGUUCUCAGUGCGGUGCUCAUCUCGGGCACAUUUUUGACGAUGGACCUCGUCCGACCGGCAAAAGAUACUGCAUCAACUCAGCAUCCUUGUCCUUCACUCCGGCAGAUGGCAGUGAGGCAGGAGGCCGCAGCAGCAAGGGGAGCGGCAGCUCAGCAGCAGCAGCAGACAGAGCUGAGCUGUAGAAUCAGGGGCAGCAGUGGAAACAAAGUGUUCUUAAUGCACAGCUGAUUGAAAAACCAAAAAUGGUUUAUCUUAACAGAGCUAUUUUUUUUUCAGAAGCUAUAAGGGCAGUUUAUGCUAUUGAAAAUGUUCUCUCUCUCUCUCUCUCUCUCUCUCUCUCUCUCUCUCUCUCUCUCUCUCUCUCUCUGUCUAGAUGGCAGUUCUGCCCGUCCAUGUAUUCUGCUGUUGACUAGGUCCAGAACUGUGUGUAGGAUUUGCAAACGGAGAUAGCUUUGUGGAGCUUUUUCAUAAGCUUCUAAGUAGCUUUGGCAUCGUUUUCUUCAAAUGCAUACCUUCCUUUAAGUUUUGUCCUUGUGGGUACCCCCUUUGGAUUAAGAGGUGGAGACCAUUUAGUGAAAUCAGGGAGCUGCUGUUCAGGGGCGGGGAGGAGAGCUGGGAAAGGCAGAGCAUCUAGACAUGUGGCCUUUCCGAUAAAGAUGGAGCGCUGCUGUAGAUUGCUAGGCUGCGUGGAAAGUCUGAGCUAAGGUUGUUUUUUCUCACUAGAAGGGUGUGAAGGUCUGAAGUCGUUCCUUAUGUUACAUUGUUGCCAGAUGUGAGAGGGCUCACUGAAGGUUGUGGCAGAGACGCAAACAUUACCUCUGGGCAGGUCUUUAUUUUUUAUUAUUUUCCAUUGGAAACAGCAGAAUGCGAGACAAGUGUAAAAUACUGGGCCCCAUUUUUGUCUAAAGUUCGCCAAAGAAGAAUGCUUGCCCGUUGCCUCUGCGUAAGCCUUUCUCUCCACGUGCCUCAUGCAAACUCCGUCUGGAUGAGCAUUUUAGAAGAUUUUCCCAUUGCAAAGUAAAAUAUUAGGGACAACACUCUUCAUCAAGGCAGUAGGAAAGAGAAAGACCAGAGAAGAUCAAGCCCGAAGUCUUGGGCAGUAAAUAAUCCCACACUGUGCAGAAAGGCCAACAGGAUCUCACAGGUACCGCACCUAAACCGACUGUCGCAUAGCACCAGGCAGUCAGUGCGAGGAUGGUGGGGAUUAAGACAGAAUAGUCAAGCCCAAGGGCCACACUUCACUGUGUGUACAAGGGACAAGCCAUUUAGCCCCGUUGUGCCUAUAUCUUCGUGUAUACAAUAGGACUCAUAUCUUUAUAAAAUAUAUUGAUACUCUCAGGGCAACAUUACUAUAUUGCUGUACAAUUGAUGAGAUCAGUAUUGUAAAAAUCACACUGAUCUCGUUGUAAUUGCACAGAGCAGGCCAAGUUUGCAAUGGGACAAGCGGAGGUGGACUUUGUUGGUUGGUGUGGAAACAGUCAGCCAAAAGCCAGACGGUUAUCUUGUAGCACUAUGGCAGGUACUGCUUGCAGAAGCUCUGUGAGGUGGCAUGAGGUUUUCACAGGGCUGAACAAAGAUGAUAGCAGUUACAGGUGCUGUCUCACCAAUAAGCAUUGGGGUUUUGAAUACCGAUUCUGAAAUGUGGCUUUUAAAGACACUUAGAUUUCUAAAUUUUUGAUGAAGAAUGGCACCCGUUCCUUGUAACUAACCACUAGGAGAACGGACGUGUGGCAGUUACAGACACAGUGUGAAGCAAUAAAAGCUGGGGCAAGCAAGCUGAGACAUCCACGUCCAGCAUCUUCCGGCCUUCUCCAGGUACCUCCUGAAGGUCUUGACAUCCUGUCGAGUCUUCAACAUCACCCAGUUCUAGAGACAUCUAUGCUUUUAACCAUGCACACACAGGAAAGUCACCUAAGCAUCGGGGUCCCCUGGCCCCAGAUGUUUACCCCCAGCCCAGUCCCAUCUGUGUGGUGGCCUUCCCAGGGUCCCUUGGAUAAAGAAGACAAAUGAGGAGGUUCUCCCUACCCAGAGACUCUGGGUUGUUACUCUUCCUUCAUUUUUAUAAUACUUUAGCACUAAACACACGUACACACACACACACACACACACACACCAUAACAAUACCGAAAAUAUUGUUUCCCUUUAACUUUUGUUUUUAAACAAAAGCCAGCUUUUUUUUCCAGCACCAACAUAUAUAUAUAUAUGUAUAUAU